GCCAGGUUAACUUAACAUAAACCUCAGGAAGUGAAACCCUAUAAAACCCAAAACGCUAAGCACUCCCACAAAUUCUCACUUGCUUGCUUCAACAAACCAAAAAAUGUUACGCCCAUCAGCUUCUCAAAUGCACCUCGCCAUAGCAGCAUUCUUCGGAGCUUCCGUAAUGGCUAUUGCCGCCGUCUACCUCCAUAAAUACAGCGUCGACGAAGUUCUCGACCGCCUCAUCAAGCUUCGCCGGAAACGUCGACACAGUCUCCCUAUUUCCGAUUCCGAACCGGAAGAGUUUGAUUUCAAUGAAGAUGAGAUUGAAAAUGUUAACACUAGGAAUGUGUACACCAGUAACUUAUCGACUUCGAUUGAUAAUAUUGAUGAUGAUGAUGAUUAUGAUGAUAAUGAUGGUAAUGUGUUGGGAAGUUACAGAGUUUCGUCGUCAAUGCCUAAUGUUCGUGUAUCGAAUGAGUGGAUGCAUGAGGAUUCGAGUUUAAAUCGGACUGAUAAGAUACUAUCGUCGAAUUCCAUGGGGAGACUUAAUUUGGUUCCUUCAACUUCAUUUUCUCCUCGAAACAAAAGCAAGAGUGGUGAAGAAAGAGUUGUGAGUAGCUUGAAUCCGACAAUGCGAGUGGAAUCUGUUGGGAAGCCAAUGACUUCGAAACUUUCAGCUGAUUCUGUAGUUGAAGGUGUUGGCAACUCUAAUGACGACAAAGGCGAGUUUGAUGUUGCAGCAGAGGAUGUUGUUUACUCUUACGAAAAUGAUAUCGGUCCAACCGAAGAAGAAUUUUCUGUUUCUGCCUUGACUGAAAGUCAUAUUCAUCUUCAGCAUAAAACGGCCGUACCUGAGGCAAGAUCUAACAUUGAUCAUGAUGUUGGAGAGGUAGACAAAGCAUCUAUGCACAUUGUGGAAAAUGAUCCCAGUUUCUUCAACAACAUUUUGCCCCUGCCUGCUACAACGCAUGAUCCUGGAAACGUCGAGGAGGAAGAAGUACUGAAGUUGAUCCGUGAAUGUUUAGAUUUGAGAGAGAAGUAUGUUUACAGGGAAGAAGUUGCUCCAUGGAUGAAAGAGACAAUAAGUGAAUCAAAAGCGUCAGAUAAGAAACAUGAUCCAUUUAGCUUUGGCCACUCAGAAGCAUCUUCUCACCAUUUUAAGAUGGAGGACGGAGUUGUACGUGUUUAUGCUAGUGAAAACGAUACGGAAGAGCUGUUCCCUGUUGCUAGCGCAACAACAUUUUUCACUGAUAUGCACCAUGUCCUCAAAGUAAUGGCUGUAGGAAAUGUUCGUUCUUAUUGUCAUCAUCGUUUGAGAUUUCUCGAGGAGAAAUUUCGCCUCCAUUUGCUCGUAAAUGCUGAUCGGGAAUUUCUGGCUCAAAAAAGUGCACCUCAUCGUGAUUUUUACAAUAUCAGAAAGGUUGAUACUCAUGUGCAUCAUUCUGCUUGCAUGAAUCAGAAGCAUCUUCUGCGGUUCAUCAAGUCGAAACUGAGAAAAGAACCUGACGAGGUAGUCAUAUUUCGGGAUGGACAAUAUCUUACACUGAAGGAAGUCUUUGAGAGUUUGGACUUGACAGGGUAUGAUAUGAAUGUUGAUCUAUUGGACGUACAUGCUGAUAAGAGUACAUUUCACCGGUUUGACAAAUUCAAUCUCAAAUAUAAUCCUUGUGGACAAAGCAGACUCAGAGAAAUCUUUCUAAAGCAAGACAACCUUAUCCAAGGACGCUUCUUGGCUGAAGUCACUAAGGAAGUCUUGCAAGAUCUUGAAGCAAGCAAAUACCAGUUGGCUGAAUACAGAAUCUCCAUCUAUGGAAGGAAACAAAGUGAAUGGGAUACACUGGCUAGCUGGUUUGUGAACAAUGAACUUUAUAGCCAAAAUGCAGUAUGGUUGAUUCAGCUCCCUCGGUUAUACAAUGUGUACAGGAGUAUGGGAACUGUCACGUCCUUCCAGAAUAUUCUAGAUAAUGUGUUCAUUCCACUAUUUGAGGUCACAGUUGAUCCAAAGUCUCAUCCUCAUUUGCAUCUGUUCUUAAUGCAGGUAGUAGGUUUUGACAUGGUAGAUGAUGAAAGUAAACCAGAGAGACGUCCUACCAAGCACAUGCCGAAGCCUGAUGAAUGGACAAAUCAGUUCAAUCCAGCAUUUUCUUAUUAUGCGUAUUACUGUUAUGCAAACUUGUAUACACUCAACAAGCUUCGCGAAUCAAAAGGGUUGCCAACAAUCAGAUUAAGACCACACUGUGGGGAGGCGGGUGAUGUUGAUCAUUUAGCUGCCGGAUUUCUUUUAUGUCAUAACAUUUCUCAUGGAAUCAAUUUGCGGAAGACCCCUGUACUGCAUUAUCUUUACUACCUUGCUCAGGUUGGACUGGCAAUGUCUCCCCUGAGCAAUAAUUCACUUUUCCUUGACUAUAAUCGGAACCCAUUCCUUAUGUUCUUCCACCGUGGCAUGAACGUCUCACUCUCUACUGAUGAUCCCUUGCAAAUCCACUUGACAAAAGAGCCCCUUGUGGAAGAAUACAGUGUUGCAGCUAAGGUAUGGAAGCUGAGUUCUUGUGACCUUUGUGAGAUAGCUAGGAAUUCAGUCUAUCAGUCAGGAUUCAAUCAUGCAGACAAGAGGCAUUGGCUUGGCAAUAAAUACUACAAGAGAGGUCCUCAAGGAAACGAUAUUCACAAAACAAAUGUACCCAAUACGAGGAUUUCCUUCAGACAUGAGACAUGGAAGGAAGAGAUGCAGUAUGUUUACAGAGGAAAAACAAUCCUUCCUGAAGAUGUAGAACAUUGAUCAAAAUGGCAUCAACAAUCUGUAUCCUCACUGGGGAAACAUUCAG